UUCCUUUUUCCAAUUUUGUAAAUCGCCGAUUCUCUCUCAUCGACUAGUAUUUAUAGUCUCGUCGAACUUAGAAAUCGGCGACAUUUGAAUCUUCUAAGACUCUGGUGGAAAUUUUUAUUACUUACCUGCGGAGUUCUGAUAGCUUCUUCUUCUUCUUCCUGUCUUGGCUUGAGAUCCGAAGCCAAGUACAGAAGAGUUCGUUCGAUUAGUUUGGAUUCGUUUCGAAUUAAUCACUGAUGGCAACGAGGGAGUGGUUUGUGAUGAAUGCACAACAGACGAAACUGGCUCUAGAGUCUCCUCCUCUGUUUGCUGUCAAGAAAGAUGAUGAUAAAGAUCAUACUUGUGAUACUGGAGAGGAACCUUAUGCACUUGUUGGUUCCCCUGUGUUUAACCCUUUGGAAGAUUACAAAAGAGAAGUAGUUUCCAUCAUCGAUGAAUACUUUAGCUCUGGGGAUGUUGAAGUGGCUGCUUCUGACCUUAUGGAUCUUGGUUUGAGCGAAUACCAUCCUUAUUUUGUCAAGAGGCUUGUUUCCAUGGCCAUGGACAGGGGCAAUAAGGAGAAGGAGAAGGCUUCGGUGUUACUCUCGCGGUUGUACGCUCUUGUUGUUUCACCUGAUCAAAUCAGGGUUGGGUUUAUUAGACUGCUUGAGUCCGUUGGUGAUCUUGCUUUGGACAUACCUGAUGCUGUUAAUGUACUUGCUUUGUUUAUUGCCCGGGCCAUCGUCGAUGAAAUUCUUCCCCCCGUUUUUCUGGCUAGAGCAAAGAAGACUCUACCGCAUUCCUCUCAAGGGUUUCAGGUUAUCUUAGUUUCAGAAAAUAGCUAUCUCUCUGCUCCUCACCACGCAGAGCUAGUGGAGACAAAAUGGGGUGGGAGUACUCACAUUACGGUAGAAGAAACAAAGAGAAAGAUAUCUGAAUUUUUGAAUGAAUAUGUAGAGAAUGGUGACACUCGUGAAGCUUGUAGAUGCAUCAGGGAGUUAGGUGUCUCGUUUUUCCAUCACGAGAUCGUGAAGAGUGGUUUGGUUCUAGUGAUGGAGUCCCGAACAUCCGAGCCGCUGAUACUAAAAUUGUUGAAAGAAGCUACAGAAGAAGGUCUCAUUAGUUCGAGUCAAAUGGCGAAAGGGUUCUCCCGAGUAGCAGAUAGUCUUGAUGAUCUUUCUCUUGACAUCCCAUCUGCUAAAACUCUGUUUGAGUCAAUAGUUCCCAAGGCUAUAAUAGGAGGUUGGCUCGACGAAGAUUCGUUUAAAGAACGCUCUGAUCAAAAUGGGGGCAGCGAAAAUCUAAGGCGGUUCAAGAAGGAUGCAGAGACCAUAAUUCAAGAGUAUUUCCUUUCUGAUGAUAUCCCCGAGCUAAUCCGCAGUCUUGAAGAUUUAGGAUUACCCGAAUAUAACCCGGUAUUCUUGAAGAAACUCAUCACUCUUGCUAUGGAUAGGAAGAACAAAGAGAAAGAAAUGGCUUCUGUUUUUCUCGCUUCUCUUCACAUGGAGAUGUUCUCAACAGAAGACUUCAUAAAUGGUUUCAUCAUGCUCCUCGAAUCCGCAGAAGAUACAGCAUUAGACAUCUUAGCAGCAUCAGACGAGCUUGCUCUGUUUCUAGCUAGAGCUGUGAUCGAUGAUGUCUUGGCUCCGCUUAAUCUCGAAGAGAUCUCAAACAGCUUACCGCCAAAAUCAACCGGAAGCGAAACCAUCCGCUCAGCUCGGUCUCUGAUAUCCGCUCGACACGCAGGAGAAAGACUCCUGAGAAGCUGGGGUGGGGGAACGGGCUGGGCAGUGGAAGACGCUAAAGACAAGAUCUGGAAACUUCUAGAAGAAUACGAAGUAGGAGGAGUAAUAUCAGAGGCUUGUCGAUGCAUACGCGAUCUAGGAAUGCCGUUUUUUAACCACGAGGUGGUUAAGAAGGCUUUGGUAAUGGCAAUGGAGAAGAAGAACGAUCGGAUGCUUAAUCUCUUGCAGGAGUGUUUUGCUGAAGGGAUCAUUACUACUAACCAAAUGACAAAAGGGUUUGGUCGAGUCAAAGAUAGUCUUGAUGACUUAUCUUUGGAUAUUCCAAAUGCAGAAGAGAAAUUUAACUCGUAUGUUGCGCACGCUGAAGAGAACGGUUGGCUACACCGCGAUUUUGGGUGUUCUACAGAUUCUUGACUGAUUCUGAGUCUCUACAUAUAUAGAAAUAUGGAGUUGGUUGGUUUUGGGUGUUCUUCAAACUGUUCUUUGUACUUGUUUCCGACGAAAGAUCAUUCUAUGUACUUUUUACAUAGGUUUUUAUAAACGUCACAUGCAUAUGUUCUCUGAAACUUCCCCACCAAUUAUUCAUACAAUUGGUUACUAAUAAUGUUUGCAAAUAUUUCAAUCAAAAGAAAUUUAAUCC